UUGAGCAUGACGUGCCAUCUUAUUUGUUUUCUGCGAGACAAAUAAUUAAACCUACUACCCUUACCUACUCUCCCCCUUCUCCCACUAUCAUUCAUCAGGUGACCAGAAAUGAAAGUUUAGUUUUUUGUUGUUUGUUCUUUAACUUUCUGGUCCAUAUAUUACCCACAUGCAUGAUAUAUGUGCGUACCAUCAAACUUGUUUAAUUUAAUCGCCAGUUUUCUGAUGUGGUCGGGUUCGUUCGCCCUAACUUUGUUUUUGUGUUUUUAAGGAUUUGGUUGUGUUUGUUUUCAUGUUUAACUGUUUCAAGAUUUUGCUGUUUGGGUUUGUUUUCGAUCUGUUGCUGUUUGGAAUUAUUGGGAAAAGUCUUUUAGUUUACACCUCUCCUCUCCAUAUAUAUAUAAUAAGCUAGCUGCACAGGUUGUUGGGUAGGUUUUAAUAUCCACCCUAAGCUAAGUUUAGGGUUUUCACCUCUUAGAUCAUCUGGUCUGGUACUGCAGUGUUUGAAGAUAGCUAGUGAGGAUAGAGAUGAGAAGUAUGGAUUUGUAGAAGUUCUUCUUCCAAUAGUUCAACACCUUUUCAUGUUAUUCAAACAGUCUUCCUGGUCUUGCUAGCUAGCUCCUUCAGUCCAAAUUAGGAUCAUAGGUGGUGUUGGCGAAAAGGAUGGAUUCGAUCAGCUAUGGUUUCGAAGAAAGAGGGUUUAUGUUUUCGGAGAGCGGUUUCGAAUUACUACCAAAUGAUACCACCUUCAUAAGGAACACAAAGUCCUUUUACCAAAUUGAUGAAAGUGUGAAUGCUCAUAAUCAUCAUCAUCUUCAUCAUCAUGACAACAAUGAAGUUGAAGAGUUCAUGGACUUCGGCUUAGGGGAUAUGCUUCAAAAGUCACCACCAAUUCCAAGUGUAUGUGAUGAUCCAUGCUUGUUUAGGGUUUCAAGUGGCGAGAAGAUCGACAAUAAUAAUGAUAAUAAUGAUAACAAUAAUAAUAACAGUGGUGAUGAGAUAUUAUUAUCUACAUUACCUAGCACUAUUAUUAUACCAGAUCCGAAUCAUCCAACACUAUCAGAAGAUAUAGAUGCAUGGCGGCUUCAAGUGCCGUUCGGUUUGGCAUCAGAUCAUCAAACCCCGCUAUUCCCAGUUUCAGAUUAUGAAUCUGAUCACACAGGUCCAAUCUUCCAAGUGGGGCAUGAUUGUGAUAAGGGAUUCUUAUUAGGAGAUAAUAAUAAUUUCAAGAAAGUGAAAAGUCUUCAUCAAAGGUCAAAGGAUAGUUCAUCAAUGGAAGCUGCUGCUGCUGAUGAUGAGACUUCUGUGGUAGUGAAAAGGCCGAGGAUCAGUACAAGUACUAAUUCCCAGCAGCAGCAGACUUCUGUUGGAAUUGUGUGCCAAGUUCAUGGCUGUUUCCGGGACCUGAGCUCAUCAAAAGAGUAUCAUAAGAGGCAUAGAGUUUGUGAUGAACACUCUAAGACUGCUAAAGUUAUUGUUGAUGGCAUUGAACAACGGUUUUGUCAGCAAUGUAGCAGGUUUCAUUUGCUGCCAGAAUUUGAUGAUGAUAAACGAAGUUGUCGUAAGAGCCUUGCAGGCCACAAUGAACGGAGACGAAAGCCUCAGUUUGAAAGUCCCCAUGCUAUGACAGGUCAAAGAUUCUUUGGCAUGAAUGCACAGUCAACGCACUAUUUCUUACCGGAACUGCUUCCUGUCAAUUACUUUGGUCAAGAAAACUACGAAUUAGAGAGCAAUGGUAAUAAACCAAUGAAGAAAUCGGACGAGAAGCACAUUUCUUUCUCCACCUUAGAACUGCCACAAUCAGCAGGGCAUUUAUUUGCCAAGGACCUCCCUAAUCUACAUGCAGAUUCUCUUCCGGGAAUAAGCCAUCAUGUUUCCUUCCUCAGAAACUUGGCCAAUAAUCAUUCAGGGACAAGCACUUUAAAGAGCUUGACAGGAGAUGGGCUAUUACCCGGAGUCAUUGAAAUGGAAGGAAGUUAUUGUCAUGCUUUUGAUAAUAGUCUGGGUAUUUAUUACGAAACUGAAACAGAUGAAAGUUUCCAAUCUACUGAAAGUGGGAAGACCAUUGAUUUGCAGCAGUUAUCAACACAUCUCCAGAGAGUUGAGCAGCAAAGAAAGCUCUGCUCAAGUGAAGCCGCUAGAGAAAUGGAAUUUCAUGCCCUGGAAACUUAGGAAGGUUUUUGUACUUCUUGUCCCGUUUAAGGAAGGGGAGAGUGAUAAUGAUGAUGGAUUGUGUUAAGAAUGGUUUUUGUGUGAUUUCCUCUCCUAUACUCUUCAACCAAACAAUAUGAUAAUGUAUGUUUGGACUUUGAAUCCUGGAAAAUACCUACAAAGAAAUGAGAGAAGAAUCUAUAGUAAGGUAUGUUUUUCAAGUCUUUUGAAUAGAGAAAAUUAACUAAUGAUGACCCAAUGAGAGUGCCUUUGUGUGUUGAGUUUUACACAACAUUAUUC